CAGUGCAGCAGAGUGUAGCAUAGUAAGCGAGGGUUGGUGGCAGCGCUGAUCAAAACAACAUACACGUCAGUGUUGUCUGGCCGCCGCAGCCAACACCUUUAACUCUACGUUUAAAACACCCCUAGGAUCUUUAAUUACCAUGUUCUGUCAGUCACACUAAGACAAUGGGCUUUGUUAAAAUGACUCGUACCAAAAUGUGGAGCCGGUUUUCAGCGAACGUCGUAGGGAGGGACCCCAAAUGGAAGAAAUAAGUGCAAUGGCCAAGGAUCGUCGUCGAGAAAUCCCCAUCCAAAUUCAAAUGAGCGAUAGACUUAACAGGCUUUUAAAGCUUCAGUGUAGUGUGAUGUGCAAGUUCAUGUUCGUGUUGAUCAUCUUAUGUGCACAUUACAGUAUAGGCCAAUGUCAAGAUGUCUUUCAAAGCACAGCUGAAGUUUCACAGGAAAAGAGAAGCAGCAAUCCUGCAGUGCCAACACCACCUCUAUCCACGGACUAUGUGGAUAGAUUUAAAUCCCUGGCUCAGAGUAAUGUUGAAAGAGCAAAAAGCAUCCUUGGCAUAUCAGACAUUCCAGAAAGUGAUGCCACAUCAAAACCAGUUUAUAAAGCAGAAGAUACUAAAAAGUUACUCACUUCGUUAAAGAAAGAGUUUUUAACAAAGCAUGCAGUGCCAGCAGCUGUGUCUGCCACAGGAUAUCAUCACAUUAAAGAAAUGGCUAAGCAGCAAGGUAAAGAAUCAUCAGAUGUAUUAAAGGAAACCUCAACACAAACAAAGAAUACUAUUAAUCUUGCUGACUAUACUAGUCCAGCUGAAGAAAAGUCCCCACCAUUAAAAGUAGAGACAACAGUCAUUCCAGAAAAGUCAGAUUCUCCCUCUGAAACGAGACAACUUGCUUUAGAUAAAAGGAAGAUGAAAGGUAAAGAAAAGUUUAUACAUUUCAUUAGUGAAGAGGUUCAUGAUCAUCUACUCGCACAAGAAGAUAGCAUGAAAGAAAAAUACAAAUAUGAGAAGAUUAUAGAUGAAGAUAAGCAUUUGAUGGAGUCAAAGAACAAAGAAGCAAUGGUGCAUAAGCCAGUUGUCGAAGGAGAAAGGCCUACCACUUUUGUGCAGCCAGAAAAUAGUGAUUUGUCUGAAAAAGUUGAGAAUUAUGUAAAAUUGAAUGUUUUCCAUAAAAGAGGAGCUCUGGCUACCAUGGAAAAAUCAGUGGACUCAAUUAAUGAUGACAAUUCUGUGGGAGACCUUAAAAUAAACAAAGGAAGUGGUGCGCAGGAUAACAAUAUCUUGAAUCAGGAAAAUGGUGAAAGUGUUAAUAAAGUUUCAAAUGAAGAGAAAGGAAUCAGUGACACACAUGGCAAGAAUAUGAAAGAAAUUGCUGAUGGGUAAGUACACUUUUUAUUAUAAAAAAUGCUAUAA